GUUCAAAUCGCAGUACCAGUUUCUCUCAUUUUUCGUUCUGCCUAGACCAAUCAGCCAAUCAUGUUUAAGAGAACCAUUGUGAAAAUGGCGUCUGUAGCCAACGAAUACAUCGGUGCCUCUGGAUCGGUCUAUCGAUUUAAAGAGCUCCUGCAGGAAAGGGCUCCCCUCGGUCGUGUCUGGCUUGCAAUAUCCGGAAAAGAUCCCUUUGUUUUGAAAGACAUCCCUAAAGACAUUUUCGACAAUUUCCACGAGAGAAUACAACCCCAGCUUCAGAAAAGCCCAUACAUACGCUUGCCAUGCGAUAUCAUACCUGGAGAACGGAUACUUGUGUACAGAUAUCUGAACGAGGACUUUCUCGAUCUCGUGAAGAAGGGGAUCGCCCUACGAGCCCGGAAACAGAUCCUGAAGGCUAGUCUGCGUGGUAUCGCUGAGUUACAUGAUCGAGAUGUAGUUCAUCUGGAUAUCAAGCCAGACAAUAUCAUGGUUGAAUGCCAAUACAACGGUCAAGAUACACUCAUCGAAAAGGUCCAGAUCAUCGACCUGGAGAACGCCGCUCAUCUCCCUCAAGGCAAGUGCAUCAAAGGUAUGCUGGCCGGGAAUGACAAUUGGCGAAGUCCAGAAGCCCACUUCAAGGGCAGACUGAGUAAACCAACCGACAUGUUCUCUUUUGGAGUUGUGUGCAUCUACGCUAUACUAGGACGUGUCAUCUUCGGCCCAGACGAUGAUUUCCAUAAACACGAGGCCCAGGGUGCGCUACCAGCCAUGAUACGCCUACAGCGCCAGGUUUCCUAUUUUGGAGACACCCAAGGCGUUAUUGGUCUCCUAAAACAUAUCUCCGAUGAUGUGUUUAGCUGCAGGCUUCUGCAGAUCUUAUGGGAGGACAGAUUCGGGGAAGAUAUUCCAUAUAAACCAUUCUCCCAAUGGGCGAAUGCUGUUGAUCCGGAUUUCAGGGAUGUGGUUCAACGACUGACAUACUUGGAUCCGAAUAAGCGACUCACAGCGCACGAGGCAUUGCAGCAUGUUUGGUUUCAAAAUAGCUAG